CACUAAACCUAACUCAUCAAGCAUUCAAAUACAAACAUUGUUCAGCUAUGACCAACAUUUACAUUAUGACUGCUUUUCUCCUCUCCCUCUUAUUGUCCUUGUCUUGUCAAAGCAUAACAAUCGAGGCUAGGGAAGGUAAAGGGUGUAUAGGAAAAUGUUAUCCAUCUCCUACUCCUUCUCCUUCUCAUAUGAUAAUAGAUUCAGAAGAUAUAAUCAUCCAAGAAUGUAUGGACCACAAUGGACAUAAAAUGAAAUGUCAUUGCAAGUGUCCUAAAUCUAAAUCUCCUACUCCUUCUCCUUCGAAUAUGGAUUCAAAAGACGAAGCCGUGAACAAAAAAUGCAUGGACCUUGAAGGGCAUAGAAGCAAAUGCCCUCCUUAUCAUUCCUCUUCAAUGAUACAUUCAGAAGAAGUAGUCAUCAAAGAAUGUAUGAACCAUAAAGGUCAUAAAAGCAAAUGUCAUUGCAAGUGUCAUAAACCUAAAGCUCCUACUCCUUCCGCUAUUGACUAUGAAUUUUAAAAUUGGAUGUAACCUGCAAAUUUAUUUUCUUUAUAUAAUAUAAUAAAAAGGGUCAAUAUAGUUCUUUAUU